ACUGGUCUUGUUUCGCAGAACAAAUCUACUGAUAAUUUCAUUAAAAGGCACGUUUUCUUUCCCAAUGGGAAUGUCAUUUUGGAAUGAUUCAUUUUAUUUGAUGAUCUGUUAUAAUUAAUAUUUACCAUCGUAUAAUGUUAGUCCCUGAAACGUGUUGCUUCCCAAUGGAUUAAAUCUAUCGCGUUUUUUUUUACUGCUAGACACGGAGCACCCAUGAAAUCGGAUGAAUACUUAAUGUCUUUGCGAUCUCUGGGGACACCGGGGAUUACCGCAUGUAAACUACGGCAGCGGUGAGGGAUUCCCUGCUCCAAGGAAUGUGACCCUUCGCAUCUGGCGGCGACAGCAAGUUAUCCUUGUCAUCUGAAUGCGUGUCUUCGGUGUUGCCCCUUCCCUGCUUUGCUUUUUACGCUCGGGAGGAAAGUUGCGUCUGUCCCGGUGCGUAGGAGAAUUCUGCACCAUACUCCAGAAAAUACUGUCCUUUCUUGAUGGGACUUAAACCCAGGACAUCUCUCUUCUUUGGGAUACUCUGUACUAGAAAUUGUUUUUAAAAAAUAAUUCUUAUUUCCUCUAUCUCUGGAUCAGGAUUACAAUCUGAUAACCUCCCUGCAUCCUGUAGGCUACUUUUACAUUUGGUUUUGGCGAAAGCAGUAAUGGGGGGCUUGUGGAAGUAUUAUUUUGGAGUUUUCAUGAUUUCGUACAAGAUAAACCUGGCAAGUGCAGUUAUUUUAGAGUCUAUCUAUUGGAAUACAACGAAUACCAAGUUUGUUCCUGGACAGGGCAUGGUGCUGUACCCCCAGAUCGGGGACAAGAUGGACAUUGUGUGCCCGCGUGUUGAAGGUUGGGGGGGCGAGGGGGCAGAGUUCUACAAGCUGUAUAUGGUUCAACGUGCACAGUUGGAGACCUGCACUAUCACCAAAGCUGACACGCCACUGCUGAACUGUGUGAAGCCAGAACAGGACGUCAAGUUCACACUCAAGUUUCAAGAGUUCAGUCCCAACCUGUGGGGCCUGGAGUUCUUCAGAGGCAAAGAUUAUUACAUCAUCUCCACAUCUAAUGGCUCCCUAGAAGGACUGGAGAACCAGGAAGGAGGUGUGUGCAAGACCAAAUCCAUGAAGAUCACUAUGAAAGUUGGCCAAAGUCCCAGUUAUCCAGUUUCAUCCAAAGAUUAUCCUACCAGACAUCCGCCCCGGUACCGAGAGGGACUGGGGAAGGUCUCCCACAAAAAACUGAAUGAUUCAAUGGAGAAACAUGGGGCCUCGCAGCAGGAAGGUGAGACCAGUGGAAAGGGUGGCAGGUCGACCAGUGUCAUUGGCUCUGAGGUGGCACUGUUUGUAGGCGCUGCAUCGGGCAGCGUGAUCUUCAUCAUCAUCAUCGUCACCCUGGUGGUGGUGCUGCUGAAAUAUCGGCAGAGGCACCAUAAGCAUCCGCCCCAGCACACCGUCACUAUGUCGCUCAGGUCCCUGGCGACACCCAAGCGUGGCAACGGUGGUCACAGCAAUGGCUCCGAGCUGAGUGACAUCAUCAUUCCGCUCAGGACUGCUGACAGCAUCUUCUGCCCACAUUAUGAGAAGCACUUUCCAUUGAAGAUUUCUGUAAUUAAAGCCUAUUGAGGACAGGGUUAGGAGCUUAGAGAGAAGAUUCACAUGGAAGGGGAGAGAGUAAAAGACUGGAGAAUUAUCAAUGCAGGAAAAACCUGGAAGAAUGAAGAAGUGCACUCAUAUCUCUAUGACUGUGAGUUACAGGAUAUUACUUUGUGAGAAUUUGGGCGUUUUUAUUUCUGUUGUACUGUCAGUCGAUUUUGGGUCUCGUAUCAGGCCAGGAAACGAUAUGAUCCAGGUUUUGGGCUGGUAUCACCUCAUCCUCGUGCCCCGUACCCACAAAGACAAAUAUGGUACGAAAUCAGCAGAGCAACCUCAAUCACAUCGAGUUUCAUACGGCCUGAGUGAACUUCCCUCUAAAGGAUCUUCCCUGAUGGAGAAAAUAAUUGAGUUCAAGAGUCAUACAAUAAGAAGUUUCCUUCCUUUCACUGAAUUUCAUUUCAGAUAUUAGAACCCUGGUAAGAAAUCAAAGCUGCUGCAGGAAGUCAGUUUAGUGCCACGGUUCUGUGCUGUGUGGUCAAACACAACUGACCUGGCCUUUCAGUGUAUUCACUCCUUUGAUUUUAUUGUGAUACAUUGUAGAGGGUAAAGGAAGACGCAAACACAUUUUAUGAGUUUAUUUAAGAUUUAGAGAGCACUUUUUAUCUGAAUAGGUAGAGUAUAAAUAAUACAUUGUGGUCUUGCUCUGUGUCCCUGUGAAUUUUCAUUGUUUAUUCCCAUAGACACUUCUAAGCUGGCUGUUUACAGCCACAGGGCUCGUGAUGGAAGGGUUCAGGUGGUAUGGGAGUCUCUGUAAGUGCUUCAGAACCUAACAGUGUCAGUAGCUCCCUCUGCUCAGGGGCUCCGAACUGGUGGUGCUGCAGACUAGCUGGAUCCAACCAUUGUCAAGCUUAUUCCACUCUAUUGUAGCAGCUCCCAAGGGAUUCUGGGAUUCCCUGCUUCCACUUUGGGAAUUUGUUUAGGCGAGGGCAUGGGUGUGUGUUUGUAUACCUUCUCUUCAAGCAGAUUCGUUAUUUUUAUAUGAAUUAUGAGCAUCUCCCUUUUUAUUCCACACACGUUAUCACACCACAUAAUUCACAGAUGUCGUGAAAACAGUAUAUGGAGAAACUGCGGAAAUCACAUCAGUAAACAAUUUUCCAGCAUUCGUUUGGAAUGGUUUACAUCAUAUAGCUGAACUGUCACUCUGUCACUCUAAAUCAAAAUACGAAGAAGGUAGGCCUUGGGUAACUAGUUUGCUGCUCUGAGGCCAAAUUCCUGCAAAUAUGCAAUUUUUUUAAACUUAAUAUUCUGUACCCAAGUAAGUGUUCUUAAACCAUUGUUAAUAAACUUAACAUAUGAUUAUAUUCUUUCAACCUGCUGUUUAGGUUAAGUGAAAUUUUUAUCAUUCACUACAUUCAGUAAUUUGAUUAUGUGCCAUAACUUUAAGUAAACUGUGAAAAAAUCUUAAACCAUUUUUAUAUGUAUAUUUAAUGCCACAAAAUUUCUUCAAAAUUGCCAAUUUUUUGGCAGAAUAUGACAAUCUUGUUAGUUUCUUUAUAUCUGAAGUCCUUACCCAACUAACACAUAAUAUUCUCAGACCAUUAAGGACCAUUAUAGCAUUCAUUCAUGAAAUAUUGCUGUGAUGUUAUGCUUUAGUUGGGAUUAGCUUCUUCAGACUACUAUAGAAUGCCGUGCUUAUAUGGCUAGUGCAGGUCUGAACUUUGCACCAUGAAGUAUUUAAUAAACUUUAUGUACGUGUGUGCAUAUAUAUAUAUAUAUAUAUAUAUAUAUAUAUAUAUAUAUAUAUAUAUAUAUAUAUAUAAAAUAUCAUAUAACAUAAUCUAUAUGAAAUGUGAAUUAUGACAGCCUUAUUAAAGUUUAUAGAAAACUAAAGAGGAACAAACAAUAUACAUGACAUUACAUAAGAGUCCACUUUUUAGGAACCAGGCUGUGUAAAUAUUAAAGACAUUGCCGAAAAGUGUUUUUAAGAUUCUUUUGUAAAAAUGACAAUUUUUUUGUGAUGUAUUUUCACUAGAUUCUCCCCUGUCCCUCUGCAUUGUUUCAUGGAAAUUCUUUAAAAAAUAGUAAAUAAAAAAAACCCUUUGUCAGGCUGACUGUUGCAUACUUGUGCCAUAGUUGUGGUGCUUAUUUGUUUAGUUUUGUUACAUAAUGGUAUGAAACAGCUGUACCUUCUUGUGCUUGUUUUGUACAAUCUGUUCUUUGCAGUUUUUUCCCUUCAGUUCAGAGGCCAGGCUGUGCAACAUUUAAACAACAAAUAAAUAAAAAUUCCGCACUUUCCUGUUA